AUGGAGAAGCAUUGUGUUGACGACAUAGUAUUCCAGAUCCUAACAUGGCUCCCCACCAAGUCUCUCAUGCGAUUCAAGUGUGUUUCUAAAACUUGGAACAUACAACAUGAUCCCGACUUUGUCAAAUUGCACAAUGCUCGUCCCUCCACCACCCGUCUCCUUUUGUUUGAAGUAGAAGUAUGUCCUCGUAGGGAAGACGAUCUUUCAAUAAAAAAGAAAAGACCAGAAUUAGAAAGAUUUUCUGUACAACUACUCGCGCCUCGCCAUUAUUUCAACUAUUAUCAAAUGAGUGUUUGCUCCAAUUAUUGCAAUGGCCUUGUUUGUUUGUAUAGCUUUAAAGAUACUCAGACUUAUUUGUAUAGUGUCACCACAGGAGAGAUAAAAGCUUUGCCAUUCUCUAUGAAUCAAGAAAUUCAGGCUCAAUAUCCAUUGGAUCCUCAACUUUUUCUGGGAUUUGAUUCGAUAACGGAAAAAUACAAGUUGCUUCAUAUUUUUGUGGGAAAAAACAAUGGUAAUCGAGUAAUUAAGACUAGAAUUCGAACUCUUGGAAUCGAUUCUUCCUGGAGAAAAUUCCAUAUGCCGUCUAAUUGUUUUCUUAAGCCUAAGAUAUGUAUUUUCCUCAACGGGGUUAUUUAUUCAACUGAUUAUUCAUUGAAUUGUAUUUGUAUCUACUACUUCAAUUUCAGAACGGAGAAGUUUGGGAGACUUUCCCCAAAAUAUUGCAGUUACAUUCGCCUAAAUAAAAUGCAAACUGCACUACGGGGAAAACUGGUUAUACAUUGCUGCUUCAACCAUAACGGGAGACGUGAAAAUCGCAAUUUGCUAUACGAUGACAUUAACAAUGUUUUUAUGAAAUUGAAGAACUCUAAUUAUCCUAAUUCGCAGGAGAAGGUUGCAUUGAUUGAAGCAGAAAGGAUUGACAAGAUGACGCUAUCAGAUGUUUUAUUAGCAGAAAGUAUAACAUAA